AUGUCCAACCGGUCGAUUAUUUUCGAUGUUUGCCUUCUCCGAACCAGUCACCAACGUUCCUCAAAGUGUGAACUUGUCACAGCAUCCUGUUCUCUGUACAAUUUUGGAGCUGGAUACAAUCAACCAACAACCACGAAGAACUUGGUGGACUUAGAUUACCUUUCGGAGGCCCUGCCAAGCACUACUUCGCCAGACAGCACUGCCAGUGACAGCGAAAUGAGCAACUCUACUCUUCUUAGUGAGGAGAACCUCGGUAACUGGCUUUCGGCUGAACAGGCCAACGUUUCACGUGAUAUCUUAACAAGCCCUCCAAGCACGCUUCAACAACACACUCGGACUGGAGAAACCAGAGCGGAGGCAAGAGGCACAAAGCUAUCCUCACAGAAGGCCUUGACACCCUCAGAAAAAGACCUUGAGCGCCGACGCAAAAAUAAUGAGGCCUCGCGAAAGUCGAGGGCCCAGAAGAAGGAUCGAUUCUUAAUGGAUGUGCUCGAGGUCGAACACUUAAGAGUGGAGAAUAACAGGCUGAGGAGGUUUCUAGCCGAAGUGGACUCAGCUAUCAAAGAGGCAAACGACACCCUCAUUGCAAAAUUUCAAUAUCACCUCGCUGGGGCGCCCUCUCCACCAUUGUAA